CACCCUCAGAACUGAAACCGAAGCUUCAUUAAUGACCUUGCAUGCAUUCGUUUCUCACUAUCUUCUCCUCCUCUUUUCUCCAAUCACCUAAACCACACAUUAUUGUUUCUACUAUUUCCUUAUUUAAAAUACCAAUAAUAAUACGAUAGUGUAACCCGCAUGGAUAAGUAGCUUUCGUCAAAGAAGUAACGCCUACAUACCUUCACAGAAGAACAUCAUUUCCUUCCUUAUACUCUGCACCAUCUUUUGCUGCUUUCCGGUUCCUAAAAUUCUAAAUACAUUAAAAUCUGUAUUACUAUAACAAAGUCUUGAUCUGUGUGUGGCUUUUACUGAGAAGAAAGAAAGAGUAAGUGAGCAAAACAAACGCAUCGAAAUGGCUCGUGCUACUAACUGGCUAUCGUUUUCGCUUUCUCCAAUGGAAAUGCUAAGGACAUCCGAGCCACAGUUUCCUCAAUACGACGCCGCUUCAGCCACCACCAACUACUUCGUAGAUAACUUCUACGCCAACGGUUGGGGGAACCAGGGGAAGGAACAGCAACCGCACGGCAUGGUGGAGCAGUCGCUAUUUAUGACGAGCUACGUGGACUCGUCGCAGAAUCUCAGUCACGCGCCGUCGCAUGCUGCGGCGACGACUGUGGUGCCGAAGCUGGAGGAUUUUCUCGGCGAUUCGUCGUCGUCGAUGAUGCGAUACUCCGAUAGCCAGACGGAGACGCAGGAUUCGUCGCUGACGACGCACAUGUACGACCACGGCGGCGCGUACUUCGGCGGCGAGCACCAAGAUCUGAAGGCCAUUACUGGAUUUCAAGCUUUCUCCGGCGCUAACUCGGGGUCUGAGGUGGACGACUCAGCCUCCAUCGGUAGGGCGCAGCACGGCGGUGGGAACGAGUUCGGAACUCGCUCCGUUGAUUCCUCCGGGAACGAGCUGGCGUUCUCCAACGGCGGCGCUGCUGCUACCGCUACCGGAGCUUUGUCACUAGGCGUAGCGCAGAGUUCGGCGGAGAAGGCCGUCGUAGUAUCCGAUUCCGAUAGUUCGAAGAAGAUCGUCGAUACAUUUGGCCAGCGAACUUCAAUUUACAGAGGAGUCACUAGACACCGAUGGACUGGUAGAUAUGAAGCGCAUCUAUGGGAUAACAGCUGUAGAAGAGAGGGUCAGGCCAGAAAAGGGCGUCAAGGUGGAUAUGACAAAGAAGAAAAGGCCGCGAGAGCUUAUGAUUUGGCAGCUUUAAAGUAUUGGGGUCCCACUGCUACCACCAACUUCCCUGUUUCCAAUUACCCAAAGGAACUGGAGGAGAUGAAACAUGUAACAAAGCAAGAAUUCAUUGCAUCACUGAGAAGGAAAAGUAGUGGCUUUUCCAGGGGAGCUUCCAUAUACAGAGGUGUGACAAGGCAUCACCAACAAGGUAGGUGGCAAGCAAGAAUUGGUCGCGUUGCCGGAAACAAAGAUCUUUACUUGGGAACAUUCGCAACUGAAGAGGAAGCUGCUGAGGCAUAUGAUAUAGCAGCUAUAAAGUUCCGAGGUGCAAAUGCAGUAACCAACUUUGAGAUGAGCAGGUACGAUGUUGAUGCCAUAAUGAAGAGCUCUCUUCCUGUUGGCGGCGCUGCGAAACGCUUGAAACUCUCCCUAGAAUCAGAGCAGAAGUCUGCUAUCAACGCCAUCACCACCGGCAGCCAGCAGCAACAACCAGUGUGUGCAAACAUGAGUGGCAGCAAUAUCAACUUCUCAUCAACCAUACAUCAGCCAAUUGCUUCCAUCCCCUGCCGUAUCCCAUAUGAUUCCGCGCCAGCUUAUUAUCACCACAACCUCUUCCACCAUUUCCACCCCACCAACGGUGUAGAAACCGCCGUAACUUCUGCCAAUGCCGCUGGACUGACUGCACCGCCAGUGGCGGCAGCAGCACCCGAGUUCUUCAUAUGGCCUCCCCAGUCCUAUUGAGUAUUAAUAAUGAUCUGAUCAAACUAGUAGUUAUCUUUCGCUAAUUUUAAUUUUCUGCUAACAAAUCAAGAAGCUAUAGUCACUGGCCGCACAAUUUAGCUGACCCGGUUCAAAAUUCCCCAUCUAUAAUUAACCCUUCAGCUGCCAAGUAAACAUAGAUAAGAGGUUUAAUUUUGUGUUAGUCUUAAUUAGUUACAGUAGGAAGGUGGGUUAUGUAACUAAAUUUACUCAAAUUUGAGGAAUAUUUUGAGUUGUGCAUUAUUAUAUGGUUUUGCACAAGAAUUCCUGUAUAAUUCUCCUCUUAACAUGCAGCGGUACUGCAGUAGUAUCAG